AGAUCAAACUCAAGUACUCAAUCAAUCCUCAAUACUUGAUAUGGACCGUCGGAUGGUGAGGACCCUGAGGACAUCAGCACGAGAAGAAUGGGAUUUUCUAACCAUGUUCGAGCAACAAUACGGUACCUUCCAUCCUUUUUUUAUGAGCGCACGCAAAUUCAAGGAAGUUGUAACCAUGUCCGAAGAUGAUCACAAAAUGAUAUUCGUGUACCUUCACGUACCGGAUCACCCCUCCGUUUCAAGUUUUUGUAGGCAAACUUUAUGUUGUGAACCGGUGGUGGAGUUUCUUGACGAAAAUCUAGUCUCGUGGGGAACAAUUGCAAAUAAUAAUAGAUUAGGAGAAGGUUAUCGUUUAGCUAGUAUUUUGCAGCCCGCUAGCUUCCCAUUUUGUGCAAUUGUUUCUCCUGCCUCAGCUGAUAACUUGACCGUGAUUCAAAGGAUAGAAGGGUCAGUUUCUCCUGAUGAACUGGUGGAGAUACUCAAACGGACCAUGGAAGAGCAAUUAGACCCCGGUUUUGGUGCCGGAAGGGCAAAGAAGAAGGCAGAAAGGCGGUUAAGGGAAGACAUACAUGGCUCGACAACGCGACUCUCGACUUUAAGGAUAGAUCAGGAAAAGGACAAAGGAAAGGAAAGGAAAGGAAGAAGAAUCAUCAACAUCUUCCACAGCCACAAGAGAAGUUGAAUUCAAAAUAUUCUCCAAAUAUGACCGUUAAUUCACAAGCUAAAAGUGCUGCAGGAAAUAGAGGAAGAAGAUCAUUGUUUACCCAAUCCAAAUAAAAUAUAUAUACUAU